AUGGACGAAAAGAAUACCCUCAAUCUAACCAAGGUCAAAGGUGAAGUGUUCCAAAAGCUUCACACCUGGGAUGUCGACUCGCAGAUUGAAGUUGAGCCAUCGUCUCGAGCCCAUGCUCAGCUGUUAGCAAGACAAGAGUGCUCUGUCAUGGAGUUUGAGAUUCGAACCACUUUGUCCAACCCUAAAGGUGUAGUCCCUGUUACCUUUCAACACAAGAAGGUAGACAUCAUAUUUGUGGUAUUCAUUGAAGACUUCCAAAAGGCUUUUCAGCUUGUGGAAGAGGGAGGGGUUCUCUUUCAAAAACAUAAAAGGUGUGUGGAGUUGAUUGAGGAGAAGUGGCUGGACAAAGAUGGCGUGGAGCACUCGACCACCCACCCCCAGAUCAUCACCCGGGGCUCUAUGGUCUGCCUCAGCUGGACUGACCAGAAAGUGGACAUCAAGACCAGUCCAUUGUCAAUGGACGAGUCCACUUCUGAUGGGGACCACAACAUGAACAAGACGCCCGUCUGUCACACUGAAGAAGACCCAAGCGUCGACUCAUUUGUUAUGGUUUAUUAGUCAGAUAUAUUUUCACAACUAGUAGAGAUACAGAAUAUACACUUUACUCUACCUACCCAUUAUAAAAUUCAUACGUCUUUAUAUAUAUACAUAUAUAUACAUUUAUUUAUUUAUUUAUUUAUAUACAUGGAGUGUUGGUUCAGAUGUCAUGUGUGAGUGAAGUGCAUGUGAAGUUGUUUGGGCUAUCGUCUAGUUUUAAUUAAUCCUAAUCCACUCCACUCACACAUACACAUGGUUUAGUAAAUAAUUUUCUCUCUAAUAUUUUACAAGUUAACUCAUACUAAAUUUAAUUUAAAAAUUAAAUAAAAACACCAACUCACAAAUCUACCAAGUAAUGCAUAGUUUGUUUACUAUUUAAUUGUGUUUCGUUAUUAAAUAUCUGUAUGCACU